AUGGUCUCCUUCACCGGCGUCGCGCUGUUAAGCGUGGUUGCUGUAUUGUUUACUAAACAUGCGCAUGCUGUCACUGUCCCAGGCGCAGAUGACAGGCAUAAUUACAAAGUCGCUGUCUCGCACUUUGCUCUCACCAACACUGGCGUCAAGGACGUCUACCACCCCACCGAGGACCGCCGUGUCAUGGCCAGCCUUUUCAUGCCCAUCGCCAAGAACUCGUGUUCGAAAGAGUGCACUGAGCCUUACAUGCCUUCCAUGACAGCCGCUAUCGCAAACGAGCAGUUCAUCGUGGGCGGUAAGCGCGACAUCGGCGUCUUCGAGACUAUGGAUUACAAGGUUUGCUGCGCCAGCUCCGUCACCAUCGACGCAAGCAAGAUUCCAGUCGUGAUCCUCGAACCGAAUGUCGACACCAGCAGACUGCUCUACUCAACAAUGGCCCGUUUCAUCAGCGCAAACGGCGUUGCCGUCGUCCUCAUCGACCACCCAGGCGACUCGUCAAUCGUACAGUUCACACCCUCCACCACCUCGCGCGUGUGCCGGGCCGCCGCCUCCGACGUAUACAACAGCGGCACCGUCAGCCUCUCCAACUUCACCCCCCUCACAUCCUGGAACGCCACCAUCGCCACCGCGCUGUCCGUCCGGGAAACCGACAUCGCCUUCGUCAUGUCCCAACUCGGCGAUUCGUCCUUUCUCCCCCGCCAGUUUCCCUACUUCACUUUCUCCGCCGCGCUAAAUACUACGUCCUACGGCGCCGUCGGCCACGGUCUCGGCGGCACACUUGCAACUUCCUUGUCUGUAUACAACACCAGUACCACACGCUUCAGCAUCAACCUCUCCGGCGCCGCACCCCCGCUCACAACCCCCGUGGUCAACACGCCCCUCUUCUUCUUCGGCCGUUCGCCCUCCUUUCGGCGGGAAAACGCGUUGAAUUGGGCGGCUACGUGGCAACAACUCCGCGGCCGUAUCUCAACCGAGUACGACGUCGUUGACGCGGACGUGUUUGAUAUGAGUGACCUGCCGGUUAUCGUGGAGCUGGCGCAGAAUGAGGGGGGUAAGGGACAGGCGGUGCAGGGGAGGGGGUUGAGUGGGGGCGGGAAUGCGGUGCAGGUGCAGCAUGGGGUUGUUUGUUUUGUGGAGAAUGUGGUCAAGGGGGUGUUGGGGUUGGAUGGGCAGAGUAUGGGGGUUCAGGACUGUGGAUAG